AGCAACUUACCUUGCCGCUUAAGGCAAAAAAAAAAAAAAUCCCUCCCUUCUUCCUAAAGAUCCGCACCGUGUUGCUGGGCUUUAAUAAUUACCGCGAAAUACAGAAGCCGGUCUCAUGAUAAGAACGCUGACAAAUCUAAUAGUUUCGUUUUGGAACCCAGAAAAUCACAGCGGAGAUGGCCGCGUUUCUGCAGAAGUUGCGUCAGAAGGUGAAAGUUGGAGUCGUGGGUGGUUCAGACUUUGAAAAGAUCAAGGAGCAGCUUGGCGAUGACGUGGUUGAAAAAUUUGACUACGUUUUUCCAGAAAACGGUCUUGUAGCAUACAAAGAUGGGAAAUUCUUGAGCAAGCAGAACAUUCAGGGUCACCUGGGUGAGGACAUACUUCAAGAUCUAAUCAACUACUGCCUGAGUUAUAUUGCAAAGAUUAAACUGCCAAAGAAAAGGGGCACUUUUAUUGAGUUCCGAAACGGCAUGUUAAAUGUGUCCCCCAUUGGACGAAGCUGCAGCCAGGAAGAACGAAUUGAGUUCUAUGAACUUGAUAAAAAGGAACAUAUAAGAGAGAAAUUUGUAGCUGAUUUACGAAGAGAAUUUGCAGGAAAAGGCCUCACAUUUUCUAUAGGAGGCCAAAUAAGCUUCGAUGUGUUCCCAGAUGGCUGGGAUAAGAGGUACUGCUUAGGAAUCAUUGCCAAUGAUGGAUACAAGACGAUUUACUUCUUUGGAGAUAAGACUAUGCCAGGAGGGAAUGACUAUGAAAUUUUCACAGACUCCAGAACAGAAGGCCACAGCGUCACAUCCCCACAGGAUACAAGAAGAAUCUGUGAAGAGCUAUUUUUUAAAUAAAGGACUUAGAAUUCACACUUACAAAAUGGUUAAGACAGCUUAAUAACAACUCAAAACAUCUUCCUUCAUUCUGUAUUGGUUUUUGUAAUUGAUCAUGAAUAGCAAGUGCUUUGCAGGUCAGUCAUUACUGAAGAGAAAUGUUUUAAUUGAAGAGAACUUUGCUGACCAGUGGAAUACAGCAGAGCUUAUUUAGCACCAUCCUUGCACUAUUUCCAUUUGCACAAGUAUUUUCUUCUCCUUUUGGCUGGUUGUUUUUUAAGUCAUCAGUAAACUUCCUUAGCUAAUUAAUUACACUGGGGUGGGGAGGCAUAAUCUGCCUAUAGUUGAUUUAUGGUCUCAAAAUCAGCCUGCAAGGCUUUAUCCCUAGUUUUUAUUUUGAAGCUGCU